CUCCAUUCGCUCCAACGCCACUACACCUACCUUCCUAGCUAGUUACGACCUUAGCCGGUUCCCGCAAGUCGACUUUGACCGCAAACCUAAUCCUCGUUGACCAUUAUUCCUUCAACUAUCGUCCUCGCCCUUGACGUUGGCCAGCUGCACUCUUUUUGCAGCCUACUUUACGCACGGUGGACAUGGCAGGCUUAACAGCGCCACGCCCGAUCAAGAUUUGUUGCCAUUGUUCCCGACCUUUCAGCGCAUUUCUGCGAGUCUUGCGACGCGACUGAACACCCGCUCACCUAGUUGGGGGGAAAGAAACACGGGGGUAAUUCGCCUUGGGCUGGGUCGCGACAACCCCCCUUCUCCCUCUCUUUCAGUGGCCGUGGAUACAUACCUUUGUCGCGCUCGAAUGCCUUUUUAGCAUCAUUCGCUUAUAAUUCCUCUACAUCAACCUCAAGUUCUGUUCUCAGCGACACGACUGCAUCUAGGCCCAAUCGCAAACCCAGCCAUCACUAACACCACUGGAGAGCUUUUUUACCACCAUAUUAUUAUGCUCCUAGCUCGGCGCCAGUUCACAUGCCGUCGCUGCCGUAUCGCCCAGCGCUGGCUCCUCGUGACGGCAUAUCCAGCUUCGAGUCUGUCCAAAGCUCCGAAUUCUAUUACAGUGACGAAGAUGUCGCUCUUCUGCACGAUAUCGUCACGGCCGCGCAGGAAAUUCUCGAAUUCCUUCCCGCUGGAGAGCGAUUGGCAACAAACGCACUAUUCCAGGCCUACGACGACAUUCUGCCGCUCCAUGGCCUCGACCCGGAAAAGGACCAACACAUUUCCCGCCUCGUCUUUCGGAUUGGCGGCGAACGCGGCGAUGGAUUGCUCGUGGAGAAACUCCGCGCCGUCCUAUCAAGGAUGGGUAUCGGACUCGAAUUCGACAGCCGCAGCGACGGCUCCAAGAUUCUCUCGGACCAUGGCAACGGCCCAGACUUCUACAGCGGUUCGCGUCACGAGGGGUCUGUUCAGCAGUCGCUCUCCCUAUCGGCGACCGAUCGCAACUCUGACUCGUCCGAAGAUGAGCCCUCCGAAGAUGAGCUCUCCGAAGAUGAGCCCUCACCCCCCCAGCCAGCCCAUCAGGAAAAGGUCGCGUAUCCUCGUCAUCCGGCAUCGCACGAGACACACCACCUGGGUGAUUCCGGAUCUCCCCCAAGGUUGACGCGCACCGACCUGGGGCCGAACUCGUCGAGUUCAGAGCCAGCCACUUCUAUCAAAAAAACACAAUCACCACCGCCGCCGCCACCACAAAGUUAUACGACCUUGGCAGUUGAAAACACGGAGCAAACUGGCCAAAACAACCAUUCGAUUGCCGGUAACAACAAGCAACAGGUCUCUGGCGAUACUACUGCUAAGCCUGUAAACCCUCCCAUUGCCGGUCACACGGAGAACGAAAACAAAACCCCGGCGCUCACCCGGUCCAAACCGGUGCGGAAAGUGAACUGGUUACUACCGCCGGAUAACACCACUGAGCCGAGUGGAAAUGGCGGCGGAGUUGUCCAUCUUGAGAACGAGCCCGUAGUCCGUGAGUCCGAUGUCCAAGAGCCGGCGAGGCCUGGACUUGCCGUUCAACAGCCUUUGGGGCAUAAGAUAGCCGUUCAGGGGUAUAUCACACACAAACCAGCCGAACACUCUUUUGAGCAAGGGCAACCUGUCGAAGAACCUGGUAGCCAGGUCGAACAAGAGGAAGGACAGGAAAAUGGCCUGCAAACACGGGAAGACCUGGAAGCUGAGGCACGGUAUGCUCUACUGGAACGACAAUCACGAAAGGCAGCCGGGUAUUUGCUACUCCUUAGAGGAAUAUCCCAUUGGGAGCAACAUGCUCUGGAUAAGCUUGAACGGACAGCUGUGGCCAGGAGACAUAUCAUGCGGAUGCGUCACUUCGAUUCGUGGGAGCUCGUGACGGCCGAGACCAGGUUCAAGGGCCGUCGCAUUUUUACCACACGACUUCUAACCCUGUGGCUCAGACGCGCAGAUGAGGCGAUCUUAAAUGAUCAUUGCGCCUUAGCUCAUGCUCAGCGCAAAUCCGUCCAGAACGCUCUCAGCCAAUGGUCUGCCUCUUGUCCAACUCACAUUAAACCUCAACAUCCGUUCCGCUCUCUGAAUAUUUAUCUACAACACUGGCAUUCAGCCUGCGUCAUUUCUUCAAGACUGCAGCCACAUAUUGAAGCCCUACGUCAGAGGCAGGAGUUGUCACAGGCCACCAGGAUAUGGCACCGUCAGGCUUCAUCGCACAUCAAGGGCGUUGCGUCGUUCCGCCGAUUCAUUGUUGUCUGCGGUUCUCUGAGUCAGUGGCAUUUGCACACUCGGGUUGAGUUCUUCAGGGCCAAGUUGAGAGUCAGGCUCCUUCGUAGCUCCCUGUCAAGAUGGCAAGCCGCUUGUCAGGCACCGCCAUCCCUUGGCGAGGCCAAUUUCUACGGCCGUGGCAAGCAUGUCGACUCUCAAGGUGGCCAAGCGCCACGGGCACGGCAACCGCGAGGCGGGAAAUUCCUCAUGGACUUGUCAGAUCGCAUGCUAAAAACUAAGGUCCUGGGCAAUUGGCAACGGCAGGCUUCGGUGUUGGCCAAGACCAGCACAAGCUCUCGCCGGUUUGCAGUGCAUCAAGGAGCGCAAAAGGCCUUGGAGUCAUGGCAUUUCGAUGUUGAUUACAACAGAAGCCUCAAUACGUGGUCGAAGCGUGGGUGCUUCUACGUCAGUGCCACCCACGCGUUGAAGACGUGGCGCUUAAAGGCAUCCUGGAGAUCCAGUACUCGAAAGUUAUACGCGCAGUGCAGAAAACACGUCAAGGCUACCUUUACUAAAGGUCACCUCAGUCGCUGGAAGACAGUUACUCGUGCACAUGGCAACAUCAGCUGGGAGGCGAUUCAACAUCACGGUGUGGUCGAACGGGCUCGCCUCGUUCGCAUGCUGGAAACAUGGCGAGACAAGAGCAGAAACGAUUGGGGUGCAGGCAGGCUUUUGACCGCCGCAUGGGUUAAUGAAUGGCGGAGCAUGUCGCAAGACCAUGCGGGGACACAUGACCUUGCCAAUCAGGCCUGGGGACUGACACUCAAGUCUCGGUAUUGGAGCCAGUGGCAAUCGACCUUGCUACAGCUCAAGAGCCGCGAAUACGUCGCACUCGAUGUCCGGGAGAGAAACAGUAAGAAAGUGGUGCGGCGACUUCUGCUUCGCUGGAAAGGGGAUAGGGAUUUCUCCACGUCGCAGCAGUCGACGGCCACACGACCCAACCUUGCAAGUUCGCGGAGAGGUGUUGGGUUCGGACUCGGUCACAGCUCGGUACCACUCUCGAGGGCAGUUCACGAGCGAGCCGGCGGUUUAUCACUCAGGGGUUCCAAUAUCCAAGAGGUCGGUCCGGCCGUCGAGGACGAGGAUCAUGACGGCGCGGGGUCAGGGCCCGACGUCGAUGGGGUCGUCAUGGACACGCCGACGCGAUGGACAGGCAUGGCAUCUUCUGUCAGGCUGCCUUCCAUGACACCAUUCGCGCCGCUAACGACGCCGUUCGAGCGGCAGCUUCGGGAGCGUUACAACCAGAGCAUGCCUCCAGCUCCAACAGGCCAGCUGAGCAGGCUUUCCUUUGCACAGGCGCAGAGACUCUCCGUGGCAGAUACGCGACGGGCGCCCGAUGAUAGCAUGCCAGAAGGGUCCAGCAGCAGAAAGUAAGAAAUGAUGAAGGCUUUGGAUGAAUGGGUGGCGGGGGAUGAACAGCCCUCGACGAGCAUGGAUUAUAUGAUGCGGUUUUGUAGAUGUUUGCUUGUUGGAAACCAUUAAUGAGUAGAUGAGGACUGCUUUGGUGUCUCUUAAGAACAGUUUGAGGGUGGAGGUUGGAUGUUGGAUGUUAUCUGCUUGUCAUGUGGUGCAGAUGAGGAGCAUCACGUCCAUCAGUAGAUGCCAACACCUCACUUGGGUAGGGUACCUAGGAGGCGCUUUCAGGGCGCAAAUAUGCUAGUCCUAGAUUAGUGUGCAUUCGAUACAACAAAACUCGUGUAAGUAUACAUACUUGUAUGCUGGCGUCAUUGUUUGGCUGAGGUCC